UCAGAAUCGCUAAGGAAUAUGCGCGUUGUUAUAGUCCAAAAGAAACUACUAAAGCAUAUUGAUUUACUGAAAGCCAUUUUUGAGAGGAUGAAGAUGGGAAGUGAUGGCUAUGCUCCUUUGUUUGAAACAAAAACAGCGAAGGGAAGACUGUUAUAUAGGCUUUUUGCUGUGUCUAUUUUUGUGGGUAUAUGUUGGAUUUUAGUUUAUAGGGUGACUCACAUACCAAGAGAAGGAGAAGAUGGAAGAUGGGCAUGGAUUGGCCUGUUUGGAGCUGAGCUAUGGUUCAGCCUGUAUUGGGUGUGUACUCAAGCCCUCCGAUGGAACUGUGUUUAUCGGUGCACCUUCCCGGACAGGCUUUCACAAAGAUUUGAGAAUGAGUUACCGAGGGUGGAUAUAUUCGUGUGCACGUCAGAUCCCAUGAUAGAGCCACCAAUGAUGGUGAUCAACACUGUCUUAUCAGUCAUGGCAUUUGAUUAUCCACCAGAGAAACUUAGUGUGUACCUCUCUGAUGAUGCUGGUUCUGACCUUAUCUUCUAUGCUCUCUUAGAAGCUUCUCGCUAUACCAAACAUUGGAUUCCAUAUUGCAAGAAAUUCAAUGUGGAACCAAGGUCCCCAGGGGCUUAUUUUCUGUCAAUUUCUGACCAUUGUGAUCUGAAGGAGGCCAGUGAGUUCUUGGCUAUCAAGAAAUUAUAUGAAGACAUGGAGAAACAAAUCAGAAAAGCAGCAAAGCUUGGUCGAUUAGCUGAAGAAAUUCGGUCUAACCAUGAAGAAUUUUCUCAGUGUGAUUCGUAUUCCUCGAGGUGUGACCAUGACACUAUUCUUCAGAUACUGAUUGAUAGAAGAGAUCCAGAUGCUAUAGAUGUCGAAGGAUGCUCACUGCCGAAUUUGGUGUACUUGGCUCGCGAGAAGAGGCCUCAACAUCCUCACAAUUUCAAGGCUGGAGCAAUGAAUGCAUUGCUAAGGGUGUCACAGAAAAUUAGCAACGGCCAGAUCAUUCUUAAUGUAGACUGUGACAUGUACUCAAACAACUCAAAUUCUGUGAGGGAUGCACUUUGUUUUUUCAUGGAUGAAAAGAAGGGCAAUGACAUUGCUUUUGUGCAGUUUCCACAGAACUUUGAGAAUGUUACAAAGAAUGAAAUAUACAGUGGUUCAUUUCGAGUAGGUAUGGAGGUGGAGUUUCAUGGCAUGGAUGGUUAUGGAGGUCCUCCAUAUGUUGGAACCGGCUGCUUUCACAGAAGAGAGAUUCUCUGUGGAAGGAAGUUUGAUAGUGGAUAUACAGGAGAAUGGCAAAGAGAAGAAAGUUUACAUGCAUUAGAAUAUAAACUAAAGGCCUUUGCUACCUGUGAAUAUGAGGAAAACACUGAAUGGGGAAAGGAGAUGGGGUUGAAAUAUGGUUGUCCAGUUGAAGAUGUGAUAACAGGUUUAUCGAUUCAAUGUAAGGGAUGGAAAUCAGUGUAUUACAAUCCAGAAAGGAAAGCGUUCUUAGGUGUUUCAACCACAACAUUGCCUCAGACACUUGUGCAGCACAAGAGAUGGUCUGAAGGUGAUUUUCUAAUUUUGCUUUCCAAAUACAGCCCUGCUUGGUAUGCACAUGGAAAGAUCAGCUUAGGCCUUCAACUGGGAUAUUGCUGCUAUUGCCUCUGGGCUCCCACCUGCCUGGCUACACUAUAUUACUCCACCAUUCCUUCUCUUUGUAUCCUCAGAGGCAUUUUCUUGUUUCCACAGUUCUCAAGUCCAUGGUUUGUACCAUUUGCAUAUGUAAUAUCAGCGAAGUACACUGACAGUCUAGUUGAAUUUCUGUGGUCCGGGGGCACAAUCCUAGGGUGGUGGAAUAACCAAAGAAUAUGGCUUUAUUUAAGGACAAGCUCGUACCUUUUUGGCUUCAUUGAUGCCAUUUUAAAGUCAUUAGGAUUCUCUGAUCCUGCUUUUGAGAUCACAUCAAAGGUGGCAGAUGAAGAUGUAAUGGAAAGAUACAACAAAGAGAUAAUGGAGUUUGGAGCCUCUUCCCCAAUGUUCACCCUACUGGCAACACUUGCAUUGCUCAACUUGUUUUGCUUUGGUGGGGUGGUAAAGAAAGUGGCUAUGGAGGAUGGUGCAAUUAGAUUUGACAGAAUGGUGCUGCAAAUUCUUCUGUGUGGAAUUCUUAUUCUCAUUAACUGGCCUUUGUACCAAGGCCUCUUCUUCAGGAAGGACAAGGGGAAGAUGCCUAGCUCAACCACUAUGAAAUUUGGGGCACUUAAGUUUUGUGUUGCUGUGCUUUUGGCACUUGUGUUGAGCCCACAAGGUGUUUUUGGGAUUAGAUUUGUGAUUGAUAGGGAGGAAUGCUUUUCUUAUAAUGUGCAAUAUGAAGGUGAUACAGUUCAUACUUCUUUUGUUGUCAUCAAGAGUGAUAAAUAUUGGUAUGGUGGAACUGAAGGCGUUGAUCUUGUGGUGAAGGGACCUACUGGUGACCAGGUUCAUGAUUUCCGUGGUAAAAUCAGUGAGAAAUUUGAUUUUGUGGCUCAUCACAAAGGUGUCUACCGUUUCUGCUUCACUAACCAAUCUCCAUAUCAUGAAACUGUGGACUUUGAUGUGCAUGUUGGACAUUUUUCAUACUUUGAUGAGCAUGCAAAAGAUGAACAUUUCAACCCCUUGUUAGAUCAGAUAUCGAAAUUGGAAGAAGCUCUUUACAAUAUUCAGUUCGAACAGCAUUGGCUGGAGGCUCAGACCGAACGCCAGGCAAUAUUAAAUGAAGCAAUGGGUAAGAGGGCAGUUUACAAGGCAUUUUGGGAAUCUGCAGCUCUCAUUGGUGCUAGUGUUCUCCAAGUGUACCUCCUCCGCCGCUUGUUUGAAAGGAAGCUUGGGAUGUCCAGAGUUUAGAUUCAGCUUUAAGCUCCAAAGAUUCAAAGUUGCAGGAUUAAUUUAACCCUUGAGUCAUUGAGUUGUAGGUUCAUAUAACCUACUCUGCUGUUCCAUGCUUUUGAUUUUUGUUUUGUGAUUUCUCAGCAGGAAAAAGAACACGUACAGGAACUAGAUUAUACUUUGUUUCGAUGAUGAAUGAAUAUAUCCAUGUUUUUUAUAUGGCAUUUGUAAGGAACCUGAAUCAAUAU